CGUCACUAUUUAGUCCACUCUGAAAAAUUGUCAACAAACACCGAGUCUGAGAACAAUUCCUGCUGAACUGUUAAAACAUUUAACAGAUUUUCGGCGUGUCAUGGAUGGCACUGAUGUAAUUAAUCAAGCACUAGCUAGUAUUAUUGACACGGAAUUAGUCGCCAAACAACUAGAACAAGCAUUCAAAGAUGAAAUUCUUGCCAAUGCAUCGAGUGAGCAAGUUUCAGAUGAGGAAGUUAUGGCUGAUGUAUAUCAAAGAGUUCUUUUGUCACCAGCAGUUGAAUCGCUUCUAACCCAAGAGUAUGAACUCUCUGUUCAGAUGCAAGAUCUUGUUGAUGAGCAGGAGAGAGAAUGGCAAUAUUUGACUCAGAGACAGACUGAAGAACUGUGCUAUGCGGUUGAUCAAUUGACGGAAGUAGAAGUCAAUGAAAUUUCAGUUCGUCACUGCGAAGAGAGGCAAAUCUUUGAAAGUGGGUGGGAAAGCAGGCUCGUAAAUGUUCAAGAAACCCAAAAAAUCCAUUUCAGAGAAUGGCUACUUGGUAUGGCUGAAAUUGUUGAAACUGGAGGGCAGUUGCCAAUACGCCCUGAAGACGAUUUCGAACAAGUUGCAUCUGACCCCGAGAAUCUCGAUAUUCCCAGCGUUUUCCGAUUAGAAGAGAGUUUUACCAUUCAACUAGGGGCUCAAAUGAAGCAAAGCCACAACUUGAGAUUGAUAUCUGCUGACGUAUUAGAUCUCUGCAGGCUACCAUUGACGAGUCGUAAUGAUCCACAACGUCUUCAAAUGGCUCUAUCGCUCUAUUCGAGUAACCAGAGUGGACUGGUUCUAUUAGUAGAUGAUCGGUUGUCAGCUUACACAGGAAUGGAGAAAGAAUUCCUUCGAAUUUGUCGCAGAGGAGCCGAACUCCAUUUUCCUCGGGCCGAUUUGCAGCUUGAAAAUGCUCGAAACACUUUCUCAACAAACGCUUUUAAAUGGCGACAACAGAUUUCAAAUCGCCGGAUGAAUGAAUUGGAAUCAAACGGUGGACAACCCAAAACGAAAACUCCUCGACUAGGUGACAUGUAUGUGAGCCGACACUCAAAUCUGGCCCAGGUGCACGUCGUUUUCCAUUUAGUCUCUGACGAUAGCGUUCGAUCGAACGAAAUCAAUUCACGUCACCCGGUCCUUUUGGGACUUCGUCACAUUCUGCGGACAGCUGUCGUUUCCGAUAUCACGACCUUGACAAUUCCUUUGCUUCUAGUUCACGAGCUUAGCGAAGAGAUGACUGUGCCGUGGUGUUUACGUCGAGCUGAGCUUGUCUUCAAAUGCGUCAAGGGUUUCAUGAUGGAAACGGCUUCAUACGGAGCUGGCGUGGAUAGCCGAGGUAGCGGUUCGUCGCCAACGCUGCAAUUCCUGCUUCCUCGUGACGCUGCAGACGAAGUGUUUCACGCUUUAGCCGCUAUGCUUCCUGGUGUCUUUCGUGUCUCAAAUCCGUUGGUUCUGCGUUCAGAUGCGGUUCGAUGAGUCAACUGCAGUAAUGGCCAUCUUGCUCCUAAAAGGUGGUUAUCUGACUAUAUAUAUCUUAUCUCCUAUUCCAUCAACCCAAAUGAAGCCGAAUUGCAUUUACUGUAUAUGCAAGCGAUCAAUAUCUCUAUUGAAAAUUGUAUCAUAGAGGGCUCUAUCGAGUUAUGCCGUAAUAAAGUUUCAGCGCCCUGUG